AUCAACAGGAUUGUCACACCAAAUCGAGUGUCCAUCACCAUAGUGGGAUUUUUCGUCGUACUUAUAUUUUGUGCAGCCCCUUCCUAUGCGGUCAACAGGCUAGAAACAGUGUACCUAACAGCCUUAAAUAAAACAGUCUUGGUACUGGCUCAUUCACCAAACCAUGACCUUGUUGAGAAAGUUUCAUUUACAGUCAAUAACGUAUUAAUUCCAUUUGCAUCUUUCAUUGUCAUUAUCGUCUGUACAGUAGCACUUGUCAUCAAACUACACGAGGCAUCUAAAUGGCGGAGCAAGUCAGCGAAUAACGUACAAUCAGACACGGUGACUAAUCGAAACCACAAAGUGACUAAAAUGGUAGUGAUGAUUUCAAGUCUUUUUAUCGUCUGCUUUACUCCGGUUUGCAUUAACUUUAUAGCUAUGACUUUAGAACCAGAGCUGUCAAUUGGAGGCAGGUACAUGAAUGUUUUAAUAAUGAUCAUGGGCCUCGGCUUUGUCCUGGAAUCUAUAAAUUCUUCCAUGAACAUUUUCAUCUAUUAUCAAAUGAGCAGUAAAUUCAGAGCCACGUUUUGUCAAUUAUUCCGAAGAGAUUUUGCAAAAGACAUUUAUUUUUCAUAA